AUGGAACCAGUGCAAGAACAGAAUCCUCCGAAAAAAAUACUUUUCGGUCGAAGGAAUAUUUGUGGCAUGUACAGCUACGCAGACCUUAUCACUCAAGCGAUAACAUCCUCCCCCAACCGGAAGUUGACCCUUUCUCAGAUCUACGACUGGAUGGUCGAAAACGUCGCAAUAUUCAAAAACAGAACUGAAAACUCAGCAAGCUGGAAGAAUUCCGUGAGACAUAACCUAUCUUUGCACAACAAAUUCGUGAGGAUUCAAGGAGCGGAGAAUAUCAAAGGAUCUUGGUGGACUGUUGAUCCUGAUGCCAAACAGACCAAAUCAGGUAGGCGACGCUGCUCUUCCAUGGAAUCCUCAAAAAUGGAGGCGAAAAGAACUCGAGUAAGACGGCUCCUAAACACCAGGCUCGACCACAGCCAGCAACCUGCCGAACAUUUCCAGCGCCCCAUGCCUGCGUACCAAAUGAAUCCAGCUUUCAGAUCCAGGACGUACUCUAACGGCUCGACUUGCAGCAAACUAUCUCCCAUACCGUCCGAAGAGACUCUAACAACGCUAGUACAGACUUCCCCGGAAACCAUGGAGUACCAGCAUCAUUACCCCUGUUACCAAAUGAGUCCGGCAUUUCGACAAAGAGCAUACUCCAGCGGAUCUUCGUGCGGGAAAUCGUCUCCACUGUCUGGAAUGGAGGUACAGCACAACCCUGAAUACACCUAUGAACUCAGCCCAGCUUACAGAGCAAGAGCUUACUCCAGUGGUUCGUCUAGUGCUAGUGGAAUGGUAUCCCCAGGAACCCAAGAAUUUCAUCAACAAAUGAUGGAUGAAGAAGGUAGAACGUAUGAUGUGCUGACCGAUAGUUUCCAGCAAGGUCUGACUAUGCAAUCAUACAAUCCCGUCCAAGAUCAACAAUCGUAUUCAAAUAGCACGAAAAUUAUUGUUGAUAACAAUAUUGGAUACCAGUAUACCAUCAAUGUUAUUGAGCCUCCUAUGCAACAAAGGCCCCAAACUUUGGAGCUAUCAGGUUCUAAUUCAUCGGUAGAUAUAAAUACCAUCAAAGUUGAAACUAUGAGAACUCCGUUGGAAUGCAAUGUGGACGAAGUAAUCAAACAAGAGCUAACUAUCGAAGGAGUAUUGGAUUUCAACUGA